GUUCUAGUCUUCUCUUUUCCAAAAAGGCCUGAAGCCAGUCUUGUCAAGAGGUUGCGGUGGACAUGCAGCUGGAUACCUGGAACUCUUAGCUCUGCAGGAUGCCAGGACACCAAAGGCUGGAAGCCUUAGCCUUGCCUUGUCAGGAAAAAUCUGUGGAGGCCGCUCUAUGUUAAGCAGUGGUUACAGGGAGCAGGUUGGUGCCAAAUCGAGGAAAUGCACCUGCCAAAUCUUGAAUACAAACCUUAAAACCUCACAAACAUCAAGCUUCAGAAGAGUCUCCAAGUCCUAAAACUUCCCUGCCACCGAAUCCUAGAAAUUAGAACCUGACACUGUUGGCUUCAGGAAAACUGAUCACUUCAGAGCCCAGUGCUACGGACCCCUAUUUUUCAACUUUGUGAUCAUGAAUAAGCUGCACCUCCAUUUUGCCCAUCGGUCUAAUAGCAAUACAGUCAUGAUGAGAUGGACCUCAAAGGCUUCCGGCAACUUCUGACUCUGCCUUCAAACGAGACUUGGAAGACAGCCGCGUCUCAGCAGCUCCUCUGCCGUUAUCCAGCCUGCCUCUGACAAGAACCCAAUGCCCAACCCCAGGCCAGCCAAGCCUAUGGCUCCUUCUGUGGCCCUUGGCUCAUCCCCGGGAGUCUUGCCAAGCUGGAAGACUACACCUAAGGGCUCAGAACUCCUAGGGACCAGGGGUCCUGGGGGACCCUUCCAAGGCCGGGACCUGCGAAGUGGGGCCCACACCUCUUCUUCCUUGAACCCCCUGCCACCAUCACAGCUGCAGGGGCAUAGCCAUGUUUCUUCAUCCCACUGUGACAAGAAGCUGGGGCCCAAGAAGCUGCCUACGGUACCCCUAGUCAUGGUGGCACCCUCUGGGGCCCGACUAGGUCCCUCACCCCACCUGCAGGCACUUCUCCAGGACAGACCACACUUCAUGCAUCAGGUCUCCACUGUGGAUGCCCAUGCCCAGACCCCUGUGCUACAAGUGCGCCCACUGGACAACCCAGCCAUGAUCAGCCUCCCACCGCCUGCUGCUGCCACUGGGGUCUUUUCUCUCAAAGCCCGGCCUGGCCUGCCACCUGGGAUCAAUGUGGCCAGUCUGGAAUGGGUGGCCAGGGAGCCAGCUCUACUUUGCACCUUUCCACGCUCGGGUACACCCAGGAAAGACAGCAACCUUUUGACUGCACCACAAGGAUCCUACCCGCUGCUAGCAAAUGGAGUCUGCAAGUGGCCUGGCUGUGAGAAGGUCUUUGAGGAGCCAGAAGAGUUUCUUAAGCACUGCCAAGCAGAUCAUCUCCUGGAUGAGAAGGGCAAGGCCCAGUGCCUCCUCCAGAGAGAAGUGGUACAGUCUCUGGAGCAGCAGCUGGAGCUGGAAAAGGAGAAGCUGGGAGCUAUGCAGGCCCACCUGGCUGGGAAGAUGGCAUUGGCAAAGGCUCCAUCUGUGGCCUCAGUGGACAAGAGCUCUUGCUGCAUCGUAGCCACUAGCACCCCAGGCAGUGCUCUCCCACCCUGGUCUGGUCCCCGGGAGGCUUCAGACAGCCUGUUUGCAGUGCGGAGACACCUCUGGGGAAGCCAUGGAAACAGCACCUUUCCAGAGUUCUUCCACAACAUGGACUACUUCAAGUACCAUAAUAUGCGGCCCCCUUUCACCUAUGCCACCCUUAUCCGAUGGGCCAUCCUGGAAGCUCCAGAGAGGCAGAGGACACUCAAUGAAAUCUACCAUUGGUUCACUCGUAUGUUCGCCUACUUCAGAAACCACCCUGCCACCUGGAAGAAUGCCAUCCGCCACAACCUGAGCCUGCACAAGUGCUUUGUGCGAGUGGAAAGCGAGAAGGGAGCCGUGUGGACCGUAGACGAAUUUGAGUUUCGCAAGAAGAGGAGCCAACGCCCCAGCAAGUGCUCCAACCCCUGCCCUUGACCUCAAAACCAAGAAAAGAUGGAUGGGGGCCAAAACAUGAGACUGAGGCUGUGGAGGCAAGGAGGCAAGUCGUGGACAUACCUCUGGAGACCAAGCGAUGAUGUUUCUGCCUCUCAGGGCCUCUGCUCCCUAACUAUCUGCCCCCCCCCCAUCGUAUCAUCUGCCUUAAGGCUGAGAGGGGUGCCAAUCCCAGCCCCUAGCCCCAACCUAUCCCCAAAAUGAGCUUUCCAGCCAAACAGCCUUCACAACCAGCUAUACAUACAGUCUGCCUUGGUGACUACCAAGCAGAAAGAUGACACAGUUAUAAUACUCUCCCUUGGACUCAACCCAAACUCUAAAACACGAAGAGUCUGUCUUGGUACAUCCGUGGGCUCUCAAAGUUACAGUCAUGCAGUCGCACAUGAUUGCAGUCCUACUGACUCAUCCCAGAGCACUCACCCUCAGCAUCUGGAACCGUGGGCACUAUCACACAUACCAUAGGUCUAUGUGCAGACCCUUGCACAGCGGCAGCACCGGAACCUUCAGAAUUACAUCCCAGAAAAGCACACAGGCAUAACUGAUCACACGCAGCCUCAAGCAAUGCCUCCAAAAUAUCAAGUCAGACACAGCUUGUCAGAUCUCACAUGUAGACAUGUACACACAUGAAACCCCUUCCACUGUAUCUUCUGAGUUCCAUGAAUACACACCGACUCUCCAAAAUGUACCCCAUGUCUCACUUGCCACUGACCCCAGUCCCCUACCCCCAAGCCCCAAUCCAUGCCUAAGCGUGGCUCACAGAAGAACUUCUCUUUUAUUUGGGAUCCAAGGCCCCUGUCCCCAGUGCCCAUCCAAUAAACUGUGGUUGAGCUAAA